AGGUUUUGGCCCAGGAUGUCACUGUUUUUGUGGGAGGAAAACCGCCUCCGCUCCAAUGGUGUGAAUGUGGUGCAUGUGCUUUCGCUGGACAAGAAAGUUCAGAGGAUAGCCUCCCGCUCUUCGAGAGCUGCGGCAGAGGAGCUGCUGAAUCGGUGCAAGGGCCAUGAGCAGAGCGGCCUUGCAGAGCUCAAAAAGCUUUGCAGAGACAAGAUCCAGGAAGAGGCAGAGAAGCCAGCGGAUGCUCAACAAAAACCGCCGGAUCUGAGUGCGGGCUUGGGCUUGCAGCUUGAGGAUCUGUUUGCGGCUGCUGGCGAGCCGGCAACACCCGUGCUUGGCAACAAGGGCAAGCCAGCUGCGGAGACUGUCGUGGAGGCGACACAGAGCGCAGCUGCUUCUGUCGAACCAGCCAUCGAAGCCAGCCUGGCCACAGAGGACUGUCCUGCGCCCAUUGCUGACGCUGCGCUUUCCCCGACUGUGAAGCACACUCCUGUGGACGCAGAGGCGCCAGCAAAGCAAGGAGUCGUGCGCGCGGAGGCCACUACACCGGUGCAAGCUGAGGCUGCCAGCCCUACUUCCCUGACACCCGUGAAAGUUGGCAAGCCUGCUUCCCCCACAUUGGUGCGGGCUCAGGCUGCCAGCCCUGGUUCCAAGAACACCUUAGAGUACAAGGUCUGGGGUUCUCCUUGCAAGAAGCUGAAGCUUGACAAGGACAAGGGCAAGGCCAACUCCGGCAAUCCGCAGCGCCAGCUGCACGAAGCCUGGCAUCGCUGUAGAGUCUGCAAGUUACAGAAAAGGCCGUCUGGCAGUGAGAAAAAGUCUCACGGUGCCAAGUGUCAUUGGUGUCAGAUUGUGACCCAGCGCUUUGCAAGGAAAUACUUUCAAGGUUGCAUGAUGGGGCAGAAUUUUACCCAGCUCCAGCUUGAGCAUAUCGAGUGCGAAUCCACUCGUUUGCGGGAGGAAGAUUUGGGCUCAUCAGUUUGAUGACGGGUGUACGGAAGUACUGCGCAGCAGUACCGGGCAUGCAUGGGGUGCGAG